GGCCAUAAUCCACAACACGGCAUUUAAACAUGGCGGCACCCUAGCGCGGCCGAAAACGUCAGCUCUUUCGAUCGAACAAAAACAGGCAUAAAAAAGGAAGAGCAAAAAACAAGAGCGCCUCUCAUCAAGAUGCAACGAAACGUGUCGGACGAGCUGAAUCGCGAAUUCGGGAACGACGUCAAGAAUCUGAGCAAAGCCAAGGCAUACCAUGCGGCACUGCUGGUCAAGAAACAAGAGAUCGAGCAAAAGCUGAAGAUCUCCAAGGGCGGUGACCCGGCGCAGCUGAAGGGUGUGCUGGGCUUUGCUCGUGACUCCCUGGAGAAGAUGCAGCUCCUGGAGGGAGUGCACGGCAAGAUCCUCAACGAUGUGUCGGCCCACCUGGACAACGCCAGCCUGGUCAAGAAGGAGUUCGAAAGCUCCUUGGCGGACAUCCAGAAGCUGCUCCGCCUCAAGCAGUACCUCCAGUGGAUCGCAAAGAUCGAGGAGACCAGCGAGUUCAUCGAGGAGGCGGUGAACCAGGGCCAGGACGACCAGGCCGUGUCCCACGUGGCUUUCCUGCUUCGGGUCUGGAGUAGGCUCCAGGCGUCCGCCUGCAGCCACCUGGUGGCCUUCCUGCGCGAGACCAUCCUCUAUUGGCACCUCGUGCUCAGGGAGAAGUUCGAGAAGGAGUUUGAGAAAGUGCUGCAGAACAUGGGCUGGCCCAUCCUCAACACGGGAGUGAGCGCGCCCGUGACGUACACCCCAGAGCUCCUGCUCCCAUUUGAGAAAGCCUUUGUCAACCUCCACAAGAUACAGCUGCCCGAGGCCCUCGCAGGUGCCAAGCAGGAAGUGGGGGCGACGACGUCCGUGCUGCCGCUGGAGCUGAUGUUGCGGCCGCUCAAGAAGCGCUUCCUCUUCCACUUCACCGGGAAGCGGCAGACCAACCGGCUCGACAAGCCAGAGUGGUACCUGAGCCAGAUCCUGACCUGGGUCAGCGACCACGGCGAGUUCUGCGACCGUUUCGUCCAAGCCGUCCUCGUCAAGGCAGGCGUCGAGGGUGUUCAGGCUAGGUUGGAGCUGAUGCGGGGGCUGGUCCAGAUCGGCAUCCACAAGUUUCAGAUGGACCUGCCGUCGCUGCUGUCGGACGACCACCUGCUCACGCACGCCAUCGAGGAGGUGCUCCUCUUCGACCGGGAGCUGAGGGCGCAGGGCUACCCCCCGUUCUACCCCUGCAUCCUCAAUGUGCUCACGGCCGACCACUGCUUCAUACGCUGGAUCGCCCUCGAGAAGAAGUAUGCAGACGAGAAGCGGGACCGGCUGCUGACGUCUCCGACGGCGUGGAAGCCCCAGUACCAGACGGAGGGCGACCUGGACGACAUGAAGAUCCCAGAGUGUGCCGAGGCUUUCAUGAUGGUCCUCUCUGCCAUGACGGAGCGGUACCGUCACCUCGAGCUCGCGGUACACCGCCUCAAGUUUGUCAGCCUGCAGCAGAUCCUGCUUGAAGACUGGAGGCUCUGCCUGCAGCAGAUCCUGACCGCGAGGCUCGAAGAGCUCGACAUGGUGGCCCUCUGCCCCAUCAUCAAUGCCGCACAUUACGUGGUUCAAGUCCUGGCACAGUGGAGCGUCCAGCCUUUUUUCGUCGAACUGUUGGAGGCGUGCAAUGAGAUGCAGGCUAAGGAGAAGCUGCGGAGGCAGGCCGCAAAGCACGUCAACGACACGGUGGAUCCAGAGGAGGCGCUGUUCCUGGCGGCGUCGGAGACCCCGUCGGACGACAGCUUUCCGCUGCCGGAGUACUCGACGCUGCAGGAGUCGGUGUUCGAGGAGUCGGCCCAGCUGCUGGAGAAGCUGUACACGGACACGGUGCUCGCCAUCGUGGACGAGCUCGUGCUGGACUUCAAGGCCAAGAGCAAGGCCUACCGCAGGGAGAAGUGGUUCUGCAUGCCGGCGCUGAACGAGCGCGAGGACGCGGGCCUGACGCCCACGGCGUUUCCGAUGCUGAGCCGUCUUCGCUCCAACCUGCAGCACCUGCAGGAGGCCCUUGCGGUGCCCCUCUUCAACUCCCUCUGGCAGGAGGCCGCCCGGGGGCUCAGCCUCUUCCUCUACGAGGAGCUGAUCCUGGAGAACUUCUUCAGCGAAGGGGGUGCUCUUCAACUCAGCUUUGACAUGAACCGCAACCUCUUUUCUCUGUUCUCCACCUACACCCAGAAGCCGGAGAAUCACUUCAAGGAGGUGAAGGAGGCAUGCAUUCUGCUGACCAUGCCGCACCCCGUUGCGUGGAUCCUCCAAGAGACGCUCCGGGCAGCUCGGCAGACGGACGUGGUUACGGGGGGCACGGCGCUCGAGGAGCAGGGCGUCUCGUUCCUCACCCCGUCCCAGGCUAUGCACGUGCUCUCCAAGAGGAACGACCUCGUUCACACCUGAAGCCCUCGCUACCUUCGGUGCCGUCCAGGUCAAAGCAGUCAGACCUUUGUGCAGCACCGAGGUCAAACUUGGGGCCGAGACAUGGACAGGGGGACAAACAUUGAGCACAGUUGAUAGUCAAACUUUCGCAUGACCCUUCACGCACCUCUCAGAUCGGCAUAGGAUGCCACGACCUUGAGCGCUUUCAAGGUCAUGGGUGUAAACCAGACAAAGUCGAAAUUUGGGGCUGGACGUUAACAGGAAAACGACCUUCAGCACAGUUGAAGGUCAAACUGCCGCUCGAUUUUACAAGCGUCGGUCAAUCGGCUACGAUGCCACGACCUUAAACACUUUCAAGGUCGUACUUCGAGGUAAGGCACCACAAAAAGGAAUCGCCGUAGCCUUUGUGUAGUGUCAAAGUCAAACCUGGGAGUGACAUGUGGAUAGAAGGAACGAGCUUGCAUACACCCAAGGGUCAACUUGGCUGCUGAUCACCCACAUGAAAACAAAUGGCAGUCUUUGCCCAAGAUGCCCGCUUCUAAGUCAAAGCCUUCAGAGGUGCAUACCUAAAUUGAUGCGACCGUCGUCAUCGCAUCGUAGUAACUCCACGGCAAGACUCAAUCGGCGUGGCAAGGCGAGGCCGAACGGAGCGUGGAGAUUAAAUCCGAGCUUAUGUAGCCUUCAGUGCGGCACCACGGCGAAAUAAGUGUGGGCUGGUGUCGUGGCUGUACCCCACAGUGAAAGACCACACCCGAGUGCUUCGUGUACCACACCGAUCUUGCCUACAGGCAGCUAAUCUCUUCUGCCCUUCCCCUACUGUGUUACAAACUCCGGGUUGUUAUCGCGCCAAUAUUCUAAUCGUCAUAUCGGGAAGCUGAGCAGCAUUCUUACCUCCAGCCAGCCUAGAGCAACCUCUCCCAGAAAGCAUGAGUCAGAGACGAUUACAGAGCAGCUCGGCAGAGCAUAUCAGCCAGUUGCCUAGGCUCUUUUCGCUGACCCACUCUUUGGAUUCACGGCAAUCCUGGGAACGUCCGUUGGAAGUCUGCAACCUCUUUUCUCGAGGUAGGACAGUCAUCUAGUCAAGACGUCGAGUCAUUGUUGAUACUCUCGAGUUUAUGGCUAGUGGAUCGGACAGCUCUUUUCCCUUUGAAACGCAAGUAGUACUAGUUGAGAAAUGAAUGAUGUUGGACUUAUGUUGAUUUGUAUGUUGGGUGCAUCACCGCAAAGCUUGCGGGGGACUCUGUAGGCAUUUUCCUUGCCACCAAAGCUGCUGUUGCCCUAAGAGCUCCAUCACUCGGCACCGAAGAUUGUUCAAAUUAAUGCUCGGCUUGCGCUUCAAACUUGGAGCAUUCCUGGCCUCAAACCUUGGGAACUAUGCUCCGAGAAACCUAAACGAAUAAUGAUUGGUGUGGCGAAACCUUCCGACGAUAAUAUACUGUGAAGUAAUCCGAAAGGUCCCAGACACUGGCAGCUUGGCAGUGAUGCACACAAUCCACAAAAUGGUUCACAGUUUACAUGCCGCCCCGCCCCCCCCCCCCCCCCCCCCCAGCAAAUAGGAGUGUUACCAUAUCAUCUCGGUUGCGGAACUGUCUGUAGACACUGCUCCGAUUCACAAUUCCCCUUCUCCACGGAAGUUCCACAACCGAGUCGAUCUAGCAUUGUUGGCAAAUAGUUUCCGAACACAAGGUGUGCGAUCGUUCGAGCCUGUAGAGUUUAGUUUGAAGCAUUAGGUUGUACACAUAUCAGACGAAGAUCCUCGACUCCCUUCAUCCUAGUUUUUCAAACUUGCAUUUAAAAGAAGGGAGGACACAGUGUAUUUUUGUUGUCUUUAUUUUUCUUGCCCUCGUCCAUUGGGGGCACAAGCGCAUUCCGAGAUAUAGAGUAGUUUCGAAGAGGUUUGUUUUAGAGCGUUCUUCAGCCCUGUUGUACAAUAGUGACGAAUCUCGAUGCCGGCACACCACGCGCAGACUCAAGACGGCGUUGUUGAUCAUGUUGCACAGCUAUAAAUAUUACUCGUCUGUUGAUGCUCUUGUUCAGAACAUUUACGUCACCGCGGCUUUGGAAGGAAAGCUUAAAUAAACUGCCACGCAAAGUCCUCGAGACUGCGACGCAACACCCCCUGCCCGAGCCGUUCCCCGACAUGACAAUAAUCGCAUCUUUGAUCGGCCCUUCGUCCUCGACAAAACCCGUCGCAACUGUGCAGGUGUCAAAGCUUGAGCACUACCAACCGUGUCGACUUUCGGCAAAUAUGAAAAUUGUUUCGAAGGGUCAAAACUUUCCCAGAUGCAAGAAUGCAACGGGCCUCCCAAAAGGGCACUAAAGUGAAUUUUGAUAUUGCGUUUUUAUAGCACAAACUCAGUCUAUGCAGCCUAAGCAUCCCAGAAGACUCAGAUUUAUGAUGCAACCCCCCCCUUCCCUUUCCCUCCCUUAAAUAAAAAAAUUGUUGCCAUAAUCUCUGCGGAGAUUGUUGUUGAAAUGCGACAGCAUUACUACUUAGGACGUGCUGUGAAAAUUCUAGGAAUAGUUUUUGCUGACAUCCAUGAAGUCUUCUAACACAUUUCUACGAUCAAAUGACGAGUUUUCUUGGAGCAUUACUGCAAUCCAAAUGUUCCUCUUACUAUAGAGAAGUAUACACAAGAUACAUACAUUAACAUAAGACCCUUGGUUAGUGUAUUCACUGUUCAGAAGAUAUCCUAUCAUAUUGGAUUGGCACAUUGGCCCCUGUAUGCCUGAUUAAUAGGUGCAUGCCGCCUGCUUUGUUAGAAAUUAAAGGACGGACACGGAAGUGUGUAGAAUUUGCUCAUAAAUGCAGUCGCAUUUAUAAAGGCGCGGCGUACGCCACGUCCUAACUUCAACAUAGUUUGUUGCAUGUUGCACAAUGACAAUGUCGCAACACCACGCUUGAUCGCAUUUUUAUUAGAAUGAAGGCCACACGACCAUAAUUUUGUGUUGUCUAGGCUGCUUGGGACGCAGAGAUAAAGUCUGUGCCGUAAAAAUACGACAUCAAAAUCCACUCUAGCACGCUUGAAGUAGAAUGGCACCUUUCUUCUUUCUCCCUUCCCUGGUGCUACCAGCAUUCAAUGUGAUACCCUCACCAAGCGUCCAUAACAUCCAUCAUCCCUCGUCAUAUCGGGGAAAAAAAAAGAAAAAAAGAGUGAAUUGAAGCUCCCGCAGCCAACGCGUUCGUCGACCACGACGAAACCCGCGCUCGGCGGCCAAACCGCAUCCGGAGCGUUCCGCACAGACCAUCCGCUGUUUGUGUACAUAUGUGCAAAUAAAAAUGUUGAUGCAUGAUC